UGAGGGACCAAGUGACGUCACAAAGUUGGACAGAAGAUGUUCUGUCACCUGAGUGUCUCGGACGGGACCACAAGUGUCGGACCCAAGUUCCGGUCAGUAAGUUCACGCGACAAAAGUGUCGAGUCAGCUCAGCCGCGAGGGCGCGGGGGUUCGGAGAGGCUCGGUUCGGAGGUGGAGGUGCACCUUUGCGCAGCGGCUGGUGGCGCUCAGCGGAUCUGGUGCACAAAGACAGCGGAACUGGUUCCGGCUGCUGCUCGGCACAGAGGCAGCCACACGAGCGCAGUCUCCGUCCGCAGCUCGCCGACGAAGCCCGCACACGUCCAGCGAGGAGGAGGUGAAGCAGCCCCAGUCAGGAUGGUGAAGACCCCGAGGUCAACCGGGAGGAAGAGCACGACUCCUGUCCACAGAGAGCAGGAUGGUCGUCGAGCAGAUGUGAAGACGAGGUCCAGCGUCCCUCCGACCAAAUCCAGCCCCCAGAGCCCAGGUCAGAGUCCAGUCCCGACCUCCAUCAAGGACCCACCAGAACCACAGGUGCCUGCCAAGCCUCUCUGGAAGCCUAUCCCCCCAUUGCUUCCAGAACCAGAAGCCCAGCAGAGGCCUGAGACCCAUGAGCAGAGCUGUCAGACGGAGGAGCUGCAGCACGGGGCGCUGCACUUGGGUGCGGCAAGGGGGUGUGUGGAGCCCGGGGACCCUCCCCUCCUCCAGCAGCCUCUACAGACCUCCAAGUCAGGCAUCCAGCAGAUCAUCGAGUGUUUCCGCUCAGGAACAAGUCAACUGAAGACGAUGCUGCUGCGUGAAGUGGAGACAAUCUUUGAGUGUAAAUUCUGCCGCAGUCUCUUCCGAGGUUUGCCAAACCUGAUCACACACAAGGAGUACUAUUGCCUGUCCCGCUCUCACGAGGCUGACGUAGGUGAUGACAGGCAGAACUUGGCCAUCAAGGACUUGCUGGAGGCCAUCUACCCCAGAGCCGACCGCCCGGACAACAUAGUCCGACUUGAGCCCAUCCAGACUACGACCAAGGCCGUGUUCCAGUACCUCACCACAGACGAGGACUUGGCCCGGUACCGGUCUCGUACGCCCAGUUCUCGAGAGAGUCCAGUCGCCUGGGAGCCAGAACCAGUGGAUGGAGCAGAGAACGAGCGGUGCAGCCAGGCAGCAGGUUCGGAGAGCCCAUCUCAGAACAGGAAGAAGCGCGACACUGAGGAGGAAGCCAAGGGGUCUCAGCCGGAAGACGAAGGCUCCACCAGCGGGGUGGAGGAUGUCACCAUCUCCUGCUGCCUGUGUGGUCAGGACUUCAACUCACGGCGAAGCAUCCGGCGUCACUGCCGCAAGAUGCACCAGACCAAACUGGAGGAACUUCGCAAAUUCACUGAGACCCGGACGGUUCCCACUAGUCUGCUGUCCAUGGUCAAAGGCCCGAACCGGGACCGCGUCAAACUUGCCAUCGACUUUGGUACCACACGCACUCUCACUGUGCCAACGGGAAAGUCCUGCCAGGUUUGCUUCAAAACAUUUGCCACCAAAGCCAAUGUUCGGCGUCAUUUUGAUGAGGUGCACCGGGGUCUGCGGCGAGACGUGAUGGCCCCCAGUACCUCCUCACGACCCUCCACUGCCGAGGCCAUGAGCCCCAAGAAGUGCAACAACUCAUCUCCGACCAGAGGCAGCAACUCCAAGUCAGCACCACCUGUCAGCACCAAGUCCUCCUCUCAGAACAAACCUGCAGCGCCACAGUCCAACACAGCUAGUCGCUGCUCACUCUGCAAGAGGAACUACAGCUCGCAGCUCAUGUACAAGCGUCACCUGCGCAUCGUUCACAAAAUCUACAGCCUCAAGAAUAAGAAGUCCGCCAUGGUGGCAGCGAGCAACAGCAUCCAGGUGAAACAGGAAGUGGCAGAAGCAUCGGAUCAAGAGGACGUCGAUGACAUGGACACCAGUCCGUCACCGGGCGACAGCGUUAAAAGUAGCAGGGCUGUUCAGACGCAGAUUGUUCCCCACAAGGUGAAGGAGGAGGAAGUGCCAGCUGCCGCGUCACAGGCACGGACGGAAAACUCGGGCGGAGGGAACUUAGUGGCGAAAAUGAGCAAGCUGUCUGUGGGCUUUGACUUCAAGCAGCUUUUCUGUAAACUGUGCAAGCGGCAGUUCAGCUCACAGCAGAAUCUGUCCAAACACAUUGAGCUCCACACAGACGGCAAUGACAUCUUCAUCAAGUUCUACCGCUGCCCACUGUGCCGCUACGAGUCUCGCCGCAAGCGUGACGUCCUGCGUCAUGUGACCGUCGUCCAUAAGAAGUCGUCUCGGUAUUUGGCCAAGAUCAUGCCCAAGCUUGAAAGCCGGGCCGUAAAGCGCCAGGCUGAGGCGGUUCUCAACAGCACCCCAAACACCAAGAAGACUGGCUGCAGCAUUAAGGGAGAGGUGAACGGGCGCCACGCCUCCACAACGCUGACUUCGCCUCCCUCGCCGCCACUCACCCGCAAACAGGAGACGUCCACUGCCUCUGAAUCGACCUUGUCUCCUCUUCUGUCCGCCACCCGAAAGCAACAGGAAGUUUCUAGCAAGCAGGAGCGGCAGCAGCGGCCCACCAGCCCGCCAAUCACCCGCCGCAGCGACAAACUCAUGCAUCAGCGAAACUCCUUCCCUUCACAGAGCGCCAACCAACAGCCGUCCACACGGCGAGUUGAAGGCUCGCCGGAGAGCGUCAAGGAGACCAUGUCCACUGAAGUCAAAGUCACCAAGAACUUCUCUCUGCAUGCCUGCGACCAGUGCGGGAAAGCGUUUGCCAAAAAGGUGUAUCUCGAGUCUCACAAGCGGAGCCACCGUAACGCAGAGGAGACGGAUACAGCCAGCCGGCGCAAAGGCGUCAACACCCGCUCCAAGUCCCUCAUCUGGUGAUACGUGGUGCCAGACACUGGGGGAUGAAGCACAGUGAUAAAAUGAAGGACUUCAACCCGCAACCCUCCUGCUGCUCAAGAACCAAAUAGUCUUCUGACAACAAACAUCAGACGAUGGUGUCAUUGACAGCGUCAUGUGGAGCUGACGCUCAUGAACAAGAUUUGCUUUUCCUGUUUCAUUUUACAAGGCUGAAAUGAACUUGAACCUCGGCGUUACUCUGCUGCUGUUUUUAAUUUUCUCGUUCUCUUAAAGGUUUCUAAUUUUGUCGUUUCCUUUAACAGCCAGCAGGGUGACAGCAGUUCCGUUUGCUAGAUAUAAUUCGAGUAACACAAGAUAUUAAAACUACGUUGGACCAAAUAGUGGAUUGAACUUCAUGAGUGCUUUCAGGGAACAUGAUGGAUGAGGACGAGGGAACAUGCAGGAAGGAUUCACUCAAGUGUUCUUGAUGACUGUAGUUCAAAAAGAUUUUCAGUUCUUACUGCGACUUUUGUUUUGUUAUUGUAGUGCCCGGUGUCUCCAGCAGGAGCCGCGCUUUGACGAAACGGGAACUUGUCCCGGAUGCCACAACAGCUCUGUUGCCAGACCGAGUUGUUGCUCACCUGUCACCACCUGAUGGUCAGAUGUUUGACUGCUACCCUGAUUGUUUUGUUCCCCACCUGAUGGUCAGAUGUUUGACUGCUACCCUGAUUGUUUUGUUCCCCACCUGAUGGUCAGAUGUUUGACUGCUACCCUGAUUGUUUUGUUCCCCACCUGAUGGUCAGAUGUUUGACUGCUACCCUGAUUGUUUUGUUCCCCACCUGAUGGUCAGAUGUUUGACUGCUACCCUGAUUGUUUUGAUCCUUUUAUACGUCACCUUGUUUUUUAAGGAAAUCACUUAACUUUACAAAUAUUUACGUUGCCAAUGUUGUAGUUCAUCCUUUUUAGAAUUCCUGUCUUGCUGCUGCCUGUAAAGCCUACUGCUGUGUUCCCUCAGGGAACUGUUGUGUUCCCUCCAGGAACUAUAGCUCCUCAAGUUUAUACCCAUUAUUUUAGUUUGCUCAAAAGCAACUGCGAAUACUAGUAAACUGAAGGAGCAACAAAUUGAUUUGGGGUCACACGAUAAUCACUUGUGGGAACAAAAGUGAAGGUUCCACCGAUCCAUCUGGGAACAGAGUGAUUUAUUAGCCAGAGGAGCUUGCAACGGUGAGAAAGUGGAAAGGAGAGGUGGCACGGGAACCGGCAGAAUAUUAUUUGGAGACGGCCUCAGGUUUUAUAACAAUGCAUGUACUGUGAUCCACAAAUGUGGCAGCAACAUGCCAUCAGCACGGACCCCUUUGGCAGUCAGUAAUGACUUGGUUUUGAUUGACAGAUGGGGAACUUCAAGCGGAUGACAUUACUGUCGUCAAACGUGUCUGUAAACACUGAGAACCUUGUGGAGGUUGAAGUGAGCGUGGUCCGCCUGCUCUGGCCUGUCGCACAGGCGUGACCACUAAGAUGGAAGAUUUAACUUUAUUUUUGUACGUGAGCGUGAAGAAAGGAGCAACACAUUUCUGUUUAUGUUUUCAUGCCAGACAAACACGAAUGUGAAUAAAAGCUA